AUGGAAGGUCUUCCACUGAAGAUGCCCCAGGCUGUCGUCUUACAAGAAGUAAAAGAUGAUGUCAAAGUGACAAUGCCUGAUUACCUCAGCAUAUUACGAGAAACAGCGUACGAGUUCAGCUUGGAGAACUGGGUGUUAACUGGCUUACAGAACGGCCCCAUCCACCAUCAGCGGCCUCAGCCAUUCACCUCUCCAGCCGAAUUUUUACCAUCUUGUCCUCCGUACUGGAUGAUGUUCAGCAGCCCACAGCAGAGUCGUCUGGCCAGCCGCCACAGUUCUGACUUUUGGGAACCAAACCCUCGACAACGCUCCCACAGCCUCAACCCUGCUGUACUUCGCACCACCUUCGCCAUCUCAGACUGGGAGGAUGAAGGAGGAAGUACUGCGCAGGAAGCCAAGGAAAACCUGACAUCUAAAGCUUGUUUGAAGGAAGAGCACCCAGCUGCUUCAUGUCAGAGCGGUCAAAGAAAAGCACAGAGAGCCUUCAUCCCAGACCUGCUGAAUCCUCCGUCCUGCCUGAGCAGCCUCCCCCACAAGCGCAGGAAGAACCUCCGGCAGUGUUCUGUCUCUGGGACGGACAUGUCCAAAAAUCAAGAGUCCAACACGGACAGUCAGCCUCUGAGCUCAUUCUCAUACAAAGCUCCCAACACCAGGACCCUUACCACCAACAAAUACACUGACAACCAUAAAACAGCAGAUAUGAUGCGUCUCAGACCAAACUGCUGCAGAGCUCACCUCAGAGCCUCUCCAUGCGGGAGCCUGAGCUCUGCUCUGGACUCGUCUGUGGAGCUCCUGUCAGCUCUGAGUCCAGAGGAGAGAGAGCUGCUCAGGGUCAUCACUGGCCGGGGAUACCCCCUCCGCACUGCCAUCAUUGCCCUGCAGAGGGCAGGACAACAGACCCCAGAUCAGAUCCUGAGUUACCUGGUUGCGUGUGAUCACCUGUGUCAGCUGGGCUAUGACAUGGCGCAGGUGGAAGAAGCCCUGGAGAUGUUUCAGAACUGUGAAACAAAGGCAGAGGAGUUCCUCCUCCUCCUGACUCAGUUCAAUGAGAUGGGCUUCCAGCCACACACCGUCAAAGAAGUGCUGCUUGUCCAUGAGAAUCACAGAGAGCGGGCGCUUGAGGAGCUGAUGAUGCGUGUGGCGUGACGGCACGGCUCCAUGCAGCUCGUUUCAAACUGGAGAGUGGGUUUUAGGCAGUGGGUUUUGGUUGUGUUCAGUAAUGCUGUGUUCAUGAUUGUCAUAUUAUUUUUUUGUUCUAAAGCACUUAAACGCUCAGCAUGUCACAGUGAGUUUUGGGACAGUUUUAUUUUGUAGAAGUUAUUUUAAGAAGCAUAAAAACAAAACCAUGAAUUAUUGCGUUGUAUCUAAAAGCAAAGAAGGUCCAGAUGUCAUUUUAUUUAUCUCCAUUUAGCUCUCCUGCCUGUGUUUGAUGUUCAUUGGUUUGACCGACUGCAGAGUGAGGGGUCUGGGUUGUUCAAUCAAAGUGGACCUGCAGCUGCAUCCAGCAGGCGCAAUGACUUCCUUUUUAAAUUCUUUGGUUUAUACUUCAGAUCAAUGUUACACUACAAAAUGCAGCUCAUUAAUGAAGCCCACCUGAUGGGGCCACUCUUUAGAGACAGUUUACAUGGGCAGCAGCCCAGGGCCCUAAAGUGUUGUUUUUUUCUUUUUCAUUUAAUGGAAGGGUCUUUUGAAACAUUUCACUUUAUAUAAAAGUCAUAGACUUAAAUCAUGUGAGUUGUAUUAUUUUAGGAUUUUUAGACUGUAAACAUUGACCAAGGAGUUAUUGACUAUAGGACGUAUUUAACCGAGCAAGCAUCUGGUCAUACCAGCUGAUGUAUAUAGGGUUAUAUUAUUUACUGUAAUUUGCAUUAGCAAAAUAUUUCUUUGUUAGCAGAUAGGGCACCAAAGCUGGCUGCACCCCAGGGCCCACAUCCUUUUAAAUCCAGCCCUGGUCAUUAAUGACUUUCCACGUCUACAGUCAGUCUACAGAAAAUACAAACUCCAUCAGCUCAAGAGUCAGUACAUAUGAAUGAUUUAGUUUAUACCAGCAUUUAAAAUGAUUAUUACAGAUGAAUUAUUAUCACCACAGCAAUGAAGGGGUGAAAACCGAAAGCUGCUUAAAUAUUUAUUCAGUCUUUUUCUCUUUGGUUUGCUCUGAUCAGUUGCUCUCCGUGCUGUCUGCAGGACGUAGGCUAAGAGUGUUUUGUCAUUUCUUUGAACACUGAACCAUUGCCACACAGCACCAAGAAAGCACCCAGUGUCAACUUUUCUAUUUUUACUUCUUCUUUGUAUAAUACCUAACAGUGCAGAACCUGUUCCACAUUUAGAUCUGAAUCAUUUUCGAACCUGAUAAAUACCAGAUAUUGGUCAUACGUUCUGACAUGGAAAAUCCAAACCUUGAAGCAGGGUGUACUUUCUUUUUAUCAAGGCUGUCUGUGCUGGAUGAUGAUGAUGAGCUCACAGAGUAUAAAU